AUGUCAGGCUCUGCACAGAACUCAUGCAGCGUCACCCCUGCGUACAAGACGAGAAGACGUGGAGUGAUAGAGUUGAUAGAAUCACAAGAUGGAGGGUCAGGAACCAUGUCGAUGCGAAACCAGGCUGCGUUCUUGCACAAAAGAGCACGAUACUUACCGGAACUGUUACGGCCGGGGAAGAUUCUUGGACGAUGGAUGUUUGUGAGCUUGAUGGUUCUGGCUUCCCUGACAAUGCUUACCAAGGUUGCAUUGCUAAAUAGCUUGCAGAAGUCGGAGAAAAGUCAUUUGAUUAUUCAACCAACAGUAGUUGUGGAUGACUCAUCUGUGAACAAUGUUGUGAAGGAAAGAAAUUAUGGAGAUCAAGAAUCCAGGCAGACUCCUUCUUCCCAGAUGAUUCCGAAUCCAGAAAUUUGGAUGAAGCCCAACAGUGAUAACUUCUAUAAAUGUAUUAACCGAUCCACAAGUGAAAAAAGGAUUUCAAAGGCCACAAAUGGGUACGUUCUAGUUCAUGCAAAUGGUGGAUUGAAUCAAAUGAAAAUAGGGAUAAGUGAUAUGGUUGCUAUAGCCAAAAUUAUGAAUGCUACUUUGGUUCUUCCAUCAUUAGAUAAUUCUUCCUUUUGGACAGAUUCCAGUGAUUUUAAAGAUAUCUUUGAUUGGAAGCACUUCAUUGAAGUUCUGAAAGAUGAUAUUGAAGUUGUGGAGUCUGUUCCAGAACAAUUUGCAUCAGUAAAGCCAUUACAGAAACCUCCUGUCUCUUGGUCCAAGCCUAGUUAUUACAGGAAGAACAUUGUUUCCUUGUUAAAAGGGCAUAGAGUGAUUAAAUUUACACACUCAGAUUCCCGCCUUGCCAACAAUGGUGUUGCUGCUUCAAUUCAGAGACUCCGUUGUCGUGUAAUGUACAAAGCGCUAAGAUUCACCAAAGAAAAUGAAGAUUUGGGAAGGAAGUUAAUUGAUAGACUCAAGAACAAUGGUGAGCCAUUCAUAGCUCUUCAUCUAAGAUAUGAAAAGGACAUGCUUGCUUUUACAGGGUGCAGUCAUAAUCUUACAAAAGCUGAAGAUAAAGAGUUAAGGAGAAUGAGAAUUAAGGUAAAGCAUUGGAAGGAAAAAAAUAUCAAUGGUACACAAAGGAGACUUGAAGGAUUAUGCCCUAUGACCCCAAGAGAGGUAACUGUGUUUCUUGAGGCAAUGGGGUUUCCUUAUGACACAAAGAUUUAUAUAGUUGCAGGGGAAAUUUAUGGGCAAAAUGGGAUUAAAGCACUUGAAGCAAAGUAUCCAAAUGUAUAUACCCAUUUCACCCUAGCAACAGAGGAGGAAUUAAAACCUUUCAAGAAUCGUCAAAAUCAACUUGCAGCUCUGGAUUACAUUGUAGCAGUUGAAAGCAAUGUUUUUAUUUACAGCUACGAUGGAAAUAUGGCUAAGGCAGUCACAGGUCACAGAAGAUUUGAAGGUUUUCGAAAAACCAUCAUCCCUGACAAAUUAAAUUUUGUAAGACUGAUCGACAGAUUAGACAAUGGUAUGAUAUCUUGGAAUAAAUUUUCAUCAGAAGUUAGAAACUUGCAUAGAAAUAGAAUUGGAGUGCCUGCUCGUAGAUUGCCUGGAGAAUCCCCAAGACGUGAGGAAAAUUUUUAUGCAAAUCCUUUUCCAGGCUGUAUAUGUGACAAGUCAAGACCAAGCAUCAUGCAGACAAUAAACUUGAUAAAAUAGUAGGAAUAGUCAAAUCUAACCUUACAGAGGAUUAGAGGAUUGUGCAAUACACUAACACCUACAUCUAUGGUUGCAAUAGCCAAUCUGAUAGAGACGAUCAAGAUGUGAUGUGCAUAUUGAGUAUUGAAAAGUUUAUGUUUUCUAUAUUGAUUUUGAAGCUCUGGCUGGUAUUCAAUACAAAUGUGACUCAGUCUUAAUGUGUGAAUGAAAGCAAGCGAGAUUGCAGAUUUGAAUGCAGCAAAAGAAAUUAAAUGUACCUUUUCAUUAUGGACUCAAUGUUGAAGCAUUC